AUGAGAUGUCAAGAGAGUUUCGACAAGAUAAAAAAAGAAAUUAUCAGUGACAGGGUACUAAUGCACUUCGAUCCCAAUAAACCAGUAGUACUCGCUACAGAUGCAUCCCCGACAGGACUUGGCGCCAUUCUGUCACAUAGAAUGCCUGACGGCUCCGAUAGACCAAUCGCAUUUGCAUCUCGUUCACUCACAUCAAGUGAAAAGAAAUACAGCCAAAUUGACAAGGAAGCGACGUCUAUCUUCUGGGGACUUAAAAGUUUUUCAAUUUCUAGAAACCAAAUGAACACCAUUACAAUCGACCGAGAAAAGAUAGCUGAAGAAACCACGAAAGACAUGGAUUAUGAUACACUGAUGAAAGCACUGAUGACGGGCACAAGUGUUAAAAGAUAUGGUUAUAAUGACAACGAGCUUACUGUGCAAGAUGGGUGUAUACUAAAAGGUACCAGGGUUAUGAUACCGGCUAGUCUGAAAAACACAGUACUAAACGAACUGCAUAAAGUACAUCACUGGGAAAAACCAUCUGGUCCGUGGCAGAGGAUACAUAUCGAUUUUGCGGGCCCUGUUAAAGGAUAUUCCUUAUUUAUAAUAGUUGAUGCAUACCGUAAGUGGGUGGAGAUUAUACCGACGAAGGUUACCACUAGCUCAUGGUGUAUAAAUAAACUGAAGGAUUUAUUCACAACAUUUGGAGUACCAUUCACCUUAGUAUCGGACAAUGGUCGACAGUUUGUAUCAAAUAAAUUUGAGUCAUUCCUGAAGAAUACGGGAGUCAUACAUAAAACGUCAGCACCUUACCAUCCAGCUACGAACGGACAGGCAGAGAGAUUCGUACAGACGAUUAAAAAGGCACUGCAUGCUGCCCGUUUUGGGCCUGGUACAAUACAUGAGCAGCUACGAGACAUUAAGGAACAUUUGCUAAGGACCCCUAGCGUCAGCAGUGGCAAGAGCCCAUACGAGCUAAUGUUCGGUAGAGAAGUACGCACCGCUCUACAUGUCAAAUUCAGAGGGAAGGUAGCGAGACAGACGGCGAGAUCACAUUCCGUUGUAACCAGGAAAUUCGAGAUUGGACGUAAGGUGCAGUUUAGGGACUACACAGGCCGUGACAAGUGGAAUUUGGCAGAAUCGAGAAAGUCCUAG